UUUCCAAAAUCUUAUUGUGUUUCUUUUUGUUUUGGCAUCGCUAUGAGUGCUUGAAAACUAUAUCUGAUUUCUUAACAGCGCAUUUCUAAUGCAGACAAUUAAUUUAACAUUUAAUCAAUACCUAGACAGUUUACCACCUCCAAAAAUACAUAGCAAAGCUUUGUGGAGGUGUAAACUCCACAAAGGUCCUCCCUUAGCUUAAACAUAGUUGAGGCCCUUCCACAAUCACUUCAUUCCUUAUAUGUUAGAUUUACUCCACAUGCUUAGAGCAGUAUGGAAUUACUCCAAAAUGUUUGCAUUAAAAAAUGGAAAAGAUAUGGUGGAAAUAUUCCUACCAAAGAUGACUCCCAAACUUUUGCCAACUUCUAGUUGUUUUUGGUAAUUUGGGCCUUAAGGAAGAAUAAUACCUCUAAUUAUUACUUUCCAUAUACUUAAAUAUAUUUAAAUAUAUUUUAGUAAGCCCAUGGAAUGAGUUGUGUUAGAACUAGAAUCAAUAUGUGGCUCACUGCUAAUGUUUUUGUCAUUUUUAAUUCUUUUUUAACAUUCAUUGGGUCCCAACUAUCAUCAAGGGAUCUUGCCUUCCAGAAACCAUGAGUAAAAUUGCAACUAACAUAUUUAUUAGAAAGUUUCUUGUUGCUGAUCAAUGUAUACCAGUGGUUCUCAAUCUGUGGUCCACAGAUGCUGGGAAGGGCAUGAUGUCAUCACAGGGGGUCUGCAAAGGCUUGAAGAAAUGUUAUGAUUUAAAUCUUGAGUUAAGUCUUGGGGGUCCAUGGCCAUGAAAGGUAUUUAAAGGGAGUCUGUGGUGUAGAAAAGGUUGACAACUACUGAUGUAUACCAUUGAUAAAGGCAAAUACAUUUUGUAACUUUGUAUUUAGCUUAAUCAAUGAAAAUAUUUCACAUCAGGGACAAGAGCUUAUGUGACUACCUAUAUUAUGUACAACAAUGCUGGGCAGCUCACAAAACAUAAAAAUAUUUUUAAAGAAAGUUCUAGGUCAACAGUUGUACAUUGAGAUUUUAUUGAUAUUACCUUUUUGCAAUGCCAUGAUUAGUGGUUGAGUAAGGCAAUGCAUAUCCUGUCUGUCAGCAGGAUUGCUACACAGUUGCAGGAUCUGGUAUCAAUUAUGGAAUUCACUACCUACAUCAAAAGUGAUCUCUGCAUGUAACUAACUUCUGCUUUGUUGAAGUUACUCUAAUGUAUCCAAAGGGAAGCGGGUUGGAGAAUGAAUUACAUUACUGUAAUUCUAAAAGAGCAACUUGUAAAACUCUAGUUUGAUGAAAUUAUACAAAUACCCAAUAAAGCAGAAUAGUUGAAGCUCAGGGUUGAAAUGAGAGGCCCUUGAUGUUCUCUGAGCUUAGUUGUUUUCUUGCAGACGUUUUCAUUACCCAAAGUAGGAAAUCCUCAGUGCUAGUAUAUCCAGUUCAGGAACAUUCUGAUGACACCUUUCAUUGUGAAAACCAUGACCGUUUAGGUUUAAAUCAAUAUUCUCCAUGAAGUCCAUUGGUUUCAUGUUGUGCCUUUAUCUUCCAUUUUUUCAAAAGCAUUUUGGAGAGAUGACCGUCACAUACUCCAGUAAAGUUGCAAAUGCUACCUUCUUUGGGUUCCACAGGCUACUUCUCAAAUGGAAAGGAAGCAUCUACAAACUGCUUUACAGAGAAUUUAUUCUCUUUGCCAGUCUUUACACAGCGAUAAGUAUAUUGUAUAGAUUUUUCCUUUCAGGAAGCCAGAAACGGUACUUUGAGAAAUUGUCCCUUUACUGUGACAAAUAUGCAGAACAAAUUCCAGUCACUUUUGUUCUGGGGUUUUAUGUUACUUUGGUGGUGAACCGCUGGUGGAACCAAUUUGUAAAUCUGCCAUGGCCAGACAGAAUUAUGUUCUUGAUCUCCAGCACUGUUCAGGGAAGAGAUGAGUAUGGCCGAUUACUCAGGAGAACUCUAAUGCGUUAUGUAAACUUAACAUCUCUCCUCAUCUUUCGAUCAGUGAGCACAGCUGUCUACAAGAGAUUUCCAACUUUAGAACAUGUGGUAGAAGGAGGUUUUAUGACAGCUGAAGAAAGGAUAAUAUUUGAUGAUCUUAAAUCACCCCAUCUUAAAUAUUGGAUCCCUUUUGUUUGGUUUGGAAAUUUGGCAACCAAAGCAAGACAAGAUGGAAGAAUCAAAGAUAGUGUGGACUUGCAAACAUUGAUGAUUGAGAUGAAUCGGUUUCGAUCAUGGUGUAGCCUACUAUUUGGUUAUGACUGGGUUGGAAUUCCACUCGUGUACACACAGGUUGUCACCCUGGCUGUUUAUACCUUCUUCUUCACCUGCCUUAUUGGGCGUCAGUUUUUGGAUCCUGACCAAAGCAUCCCAGGUCAUGAUUUAGAUCUUUACAUUCCUAUCUUCACAUUGUUACAGUUUUUCUUCUAUGCAGGAUGGCUUAAGGUUGCUGAGCAACUUAUCAACCCAUUUGGUGAAGAUGAUGAUGAUUUUGAAACAAACUGGUGCAUAGAUAGGAAUCUCCAGGUUUCACUAUUGGCUGUUGAUGAAAUGCAUAUGAAUUUACCAAGAAUGAAAAAAGAUAUUUACUGGAAUGAUUCUUCAGCCCGUCCACCAUAUACAUUAGCAGCUGCAGAUUCCUGCAUACCAUCCUUCCUUGGAUCAACUAUUGAAAUGGGCCUGGCAGACAGUCAGUUCUUCCAUGCAGAAAACUGGCUCCGGGAUGAUGAUAAAGUUAGAAGGCAGCAUUCGGUGCUGCGAAGGGUGAAACGCUUUCUGAGUGUCCGAGAAGUCUCCCCUUUGCCCAGCAGGAGGACCUACCAACGGCAAUCCAGUGAAAGCUCAAUUUUUUUCCCAUCACAUGAAAUGCGUCAUAUUGAUAAUCUUCUGGAAAUGCACUCUAGAGGGAGACACUUCCCUUUAAAUGGCAGAAAAACUCAUAACUGGUCUGAUAAGGAUGGAAAGAUGCAUGGAAGUAUGGAUCUUACAGUUAUUCGAGAAAGCAGCAAGAAUGAUGCUCUAGAGAAUUCCAAUCAAUCCAAAGUGGAUGAGAGAAUUAGCAAAGUAGACUCAGUAACUGUCAAAACUAAGAGCAAAGAAACCAGAGUAGAUUCAGACAAGGACUCCUCUGUCAUGACAAGAAAAUAUUUGGGCAGUCAAAGUGAGUCAGAAACAGAUUCUGAAGGAAUUGUGCUGACCCACUGUGGAACACCCAACAGCAAUGCAGAUUUGUUGACAACACCUUCAGAAACAGAACCUCCUCAUAUGGAAUCCAAGCAACAGGAUCCACCUUUGGGUAUGCCAAAAGGAAAUAAAUCACCCUCGUCUCAAAAAUCAACUGUCAAUAUGGCAGAUAAUCAAAGAUGGAGAUUUCCAGAUGUUCUUGCUCAGCAUGAAGUGCUCAGUACCAAAGAAUUGGCAACUUCCUCUGGAAAAAACAACUUAAGUCCAGAUAGCACACCUACACCUAGUCCUAUUUCUCCAAAUACAUUUGACAUAUGUUACUUACUAGAGCAACCAGAUACUAAAGAAACUGAUAUUCUUCAUAUAGCUGAGUUUAACAAUGAUUCCACUAAAGAUCAUCUUUGACAAAUAGAGUGCUAUGGACUCAUAGUUUUGAUAUAAAGUUCUUGGCAUGUAGAAUGUUAAUUUGCCUUGGAGAAACAAAGCUUGGCAGCCCACAUAAUGUCUAUCCUACCGUGUAUUUUCAAUGCUUUUAUUUUGAUAAAAACAAUUUAAAAAU